AUGUCGUGGGCACAUUCGGAAUUCUCUACGCAUCAGUUCAAUGUUCGUAAUGAUAGCUACGAACCACAUACUUAUAUCAUGUCGCUUUCCCCGGUCUCAGCCUCAGUCUCAGCUUCCCCUGGUGUGAGACUGCAACAGCACGAGCCAAUUUACCGCAAUGAGUUCACACCAAGGUUUCAGCCAAACCCGUUCGCUCAGACGUUCCAACAUCAUCAAUAUCACGAUUUCGAAGCGUAUUCCUGCAGCACUUCGCCUACAACCACGAGAGGCCGCAGCAGCAGUGGAGAUACCGCCAGCUACAUGAGUACACCUACAACCCCACCAGAAACAGAGUAUCUCAAUGGAUUCAGCAGUCAGUAUGCAGUACAGAGCAGUCAACAGAUUUGCUCCAAUACAGUGACCUCAGCACAACGGUACUUAACCAGAUCGCCGCCAAGUGGAGACCAUGGGGACAAAACACCAAGGGUUGCGAACGAUGGAAGUAGUCCUUCAAGUGACAAGACUGUGACCAAGAGAUCGAAUUCAGAAAUGUGGUGCCCGCACUCCGAUUGCCACAAUGAAGAAGGAGUUCCACAGAGACGCUUCAGUCGUAAGGCAGAUGUCAGCCGACAUUAUAGUUCUCAACACAAUCCCAAAUAUAUGGACUGUCCCAAGCGAAAUUGCGGAAGGAAAGGUAAAGACGGCUUCACACGCAAGGACCACCUCGUCGAACACCUUCGUGGGUUCCACAUGGAAGCCAUUGCAAAGAGAGAGACUGGCGUGAAAGUGCUAGUAAAAAAAGGGUGUGACGAUAAAUCCAAUUCACGAAAGCGAAAUGGAUUGCAGAAUGCCUAUUGUCAUGAAAUGUCCAAACCCGCUGGCCCGAAGCACGAGGGACAAGUUUCUCUGCAAGGGUCAGUGUACUCUAUGGACGGCCUCCAGGUUGGGGAAACCUUUGAUGAUCAAGGAGAGCUUCAGCAGUCCCGGAUGCUUGUCCAAAAAGCCAGGAUGCUCGCACGCCGCCACAUACAGAAGGAUCAAGGUUACUCUUAUCCAAGAGUCCUGGAACUUGAAGAUGGCUCUCAAAAAAGACGAACAACCGUGAAGCAAGAGCGAAACGAGCCUCAAAGUCUCAGGAUACCUCAGGAGCCCAUGCAGCAUCUCCCAAUCCAGACGCAACCACCAGGCUUCAAUCUCCAUCAGGAUCUGUCACCGCAGGACUACACUUCAAACACAAUGACUUUCUCAGCCCAAUACCCCUCUGCGCUAGGCUACCAUUCCUAG